AAUAGUGCAUAAUCUAUGGAAACUAACCUACAAGCGUUUGUGUUGUGUCAAUAUAUUGUUUUAGAGAUUUAGUAAAUAAAUCUGUUGCAUACAAAUAAAGUAUAGUGUAUUUAAUAGAAUAACUUAAGUUAGUGAAAAUGGAAGGCCCGCCUGGUACGGGACCGCCCAGUAAUAAUGGGUCUAUGGGGCCGCCGGGAAUGCCAAGCUUUCCUCCGAUGCCGCCACCGCCUGGUUCAAUGGGGACAAGUAACAUGCCCCCGCCGCCUAUGGGACCACCUGGAGCCAUGCCGCCAGUGAGCACGCCAAGCGGCCCGCCAACAGGACCGCCCACAAUGCCCCCCGGAAUGGGUCCACCACCCGGUAUGAUGGGAAUGGGUCCUCCAGGUAUGGGACCACCUCCGCCCGGUAUGGGUCCACCAGGGAUGGGAAUGGGGCCCCCAAUGGGUCCUCCGGGCAUGGGUCCGCCAAGAAUGCCACCAAAUAUGAUGAGAGGUCCUAAUAUGAAGGGUAACUAUGCUAAUCAGAUGGAUAUGGGUCCGCCUGGGAUGGGGCCGCCGCCGACCAUGCCUCCCAUGGGCUGGGAUGGGCAGGGUCCUCCUGGGUGGGGAAGGCAGGAUGGCCCUCCUGGCUGGGAUGAUCAUGGAGAUGAGGGUGAUGAGGAAGAAGGUGAAGGAGAUGAGUCUGGUGGGAUGCCGGGUCCUCCCUCAAGCCUACCAUCACUACUCACUAUGAAAAUUGAUACUCCUGAAGAAUUUCGAAACAAACCAGCUGGUGUGGGUGGUGUGGUGCUGCCUAAAGCUCUUGAAGAAGCACUUGCUUACAAAGAUCAAAGACAAGCUGCUCUUGGGGGAGAACCUGAGGCUCCUAAAACUGAAGACAAUCCACCUGAGGCACCACCGGCCCCGGUGAUUAGCACGGAGUACGAUGCUGAGGAGGAUGAGGGUGAAUCUGAUGAUGAGAACAUACCGGAUGCUCCACUGCCACCUGUUAUCUCUAAUCAAGAAGGUAUUGCAAAUAAAGCUAACAAGAACAAAAGGAAGAAGAAAAAAAAGAAGGCAGCCAAACAGAAGAGGCGUGAGGAGGCAAAGAAGAAGGAUGAUGACCAGUCUACAGGCAGCCAAGAAGAUGUCAAGAAGUCCAGCGACAAGGAGAAUGAUAAAGAAGCUGAGAUAGAGUAUGUCCAAGAAAACAUUCAGUUUCAUGAAUUGGAGCCAAUGUACCGGCAGUUCCACCGCAUUCUCGAAGCAUUCAAGAUCACGGAGAAGAAGGAUGAUACCAUCAAGGAAGAGGAUAAGGAGACCCUAAAACCUUCGAAGCCUCUGGAGAAGGUCCAGGAUCAAUUUGCCGCUGAUGAGGAGGCUGUUGAGAAAAACGCAGCUGACGAAAAGGAGCGCUUAUCAAAGCGUAAACUAAAGAAGCUAUCUCGGCUGUCGGUAGCGGAGCUCAAGCAACUGGUCUCCAGGCCGGAUGUCGUAGAGAUGUAUGACGUCACAGCGAGAGACCCGCGGCUACUGGUGCAGCUCAAAGCACACAGGAACACUGUACAAGUGCCCAGGCAUUGGUGUUAUAAGAGGAAGUACCUCCAAGGCAAGCGUGGAAUAGAGAAGCCCCCGUUCGACCUCCCGGACUUCAUCAAGAAGACUGGUAUCAUGGAGAUGCGGGCCUCGCUGCAGGACAAAGAGGAGACCAAGACCCUCAAGGCCAAGAUGAGGGAGCGCACGAGACCGAAGCUCGGGAAGAUCGAUAUUGACUAUCAGAAACUUCAUGAUGCUUUCUUCAAAUGGCAGACAAAACCGCGUAUGACGAUCCACGGCGACUUAUACUACGAGGGCAAGGAGUUCGAGACUCGGCUGCGAGAGAAGAAGCCCGGAGACCUGUCCGAGGAGCUGAGAACUGCGCUGGGUAUGCCUGUGGGACCCGGAUCGCAUAAGGUGCCACCCCCGUGGCUGAUCGCGCAGCAGCGCUACGGGCCGCCGCCGUCGUACCCCAACCUGAAGAUCCCGGGCCUCAACGCGCCCAUCCCCGAGGGCUGCGCCUUCGGCUACCACGCGGGAGGCUGGGGCAAGCCGCCCGUCGACGAGACCGGGAAACCGCUCUACGGAGACGUGUUCGGACACCAGAGUAGUGGGCAGGACGAUGUUGAAGACCUGGAUAUUGAUAGGACAAUGUGGGGAGAGUUGGAAUCAGAAUCUGAGGAGGAAUCAGAAGAAGAGGAGUCUGGCGACGAAGGCGAGAAGACAGCGGAGGGCGAAGUGGCGGCCGGUGUGGCCACGCCCGGAGAGGGACUCGUCACGCCGCUCGGGAUCAGCUCGGUCCCGCCCGGCAUGGAGACUCCCGACACCAUCGAGCUCCGGAAGAAGAAGGUCGAGAGCGAUAUGGAGGGUGGCGACACUCCAGCAUUGUACCAGGUGCUACCGGAGCGGCGCGUGGGGCUGACGCAGGGCAUGAUGGCCUCCACUCACGUGUACGACAUCAGCGCGGCCGCAAACCCUGGCAAGCGCACAGCGCCGGCGCCGGGCGCGGCGGCGGGCGGCACGGCCAGCGAGGGCGGCGGCGCGGCGCUGGGCGGCGUCGAGGUCGCGCUCGACCCCUCCGAGCUCGAGCUCGAGCCCGAGGCCGUGGCCGCGCGCUACGAGCGCCAUCUGCGCGAGACCCGCCCCAAGGCGCACGAGGACCUGUCCGACAUGCUGGCCGACCACGUCGCCAGGCAGAAGAACAAGAGGAAAAGACAACAAAACACAGAUUCGAAGCAGUCGAAGAAAUACAAAGAAUUCAAGUUCUAAUAGUGAUAAUAGACAUAUUAUAAUAGUAUUUAUAAGUGCUACCCAUGUAAUUAAUUAUAUUCGCGUGAAAGAUGCAAUAUCUUGGACAUUGAGGUGUCAGUGACUACCAAUGAUGAAUAUAAAGAAUGACAUUGUUAA